UGCUCCCUCCCAGUCCGCUGGUUGCUCGGAGCUCGCGGUUAUGCGCGUCUAGCAUCGGAUGAUUACGCGAGGGCGGUGCCAAAUAGGAGAUAAGCGACGACGAGAAUCUCACCGGUAGUGCAUCCUUUGCUUUAACCAUUUAUAAGCUCCUUGUUUAGCUACCGUUAGCCGUUUAUACCAACCAGCUCACAAACAAUUGUUGUUAUUUUUUUUUUUGUAUGUCCCGAAUUCCAUUCAUAUCUGUCAAGAAUUCGAAACGGAAAAUAAACCACAUUAUGGAGACGGAGAUACACGUGCCUGUGGGGUCGCCGGUAAUUCGAAAAUUCCCGAUUUUCGUGGAGGAACAUAACGUAACCGAUGGGGCAAUGAAGCUGAUAAAGCAGCUUCGGCCAGCGUGGGACAUAAACCAUGUCAAGACCAAGCUCUUCACUGAUGGGACCACUAAUAAGCUGGUGGGUUGUUAUGUGGAUGCCAGUCCAGAGGACGUGGUUCUGGUGCGUGUGUAUGGGAACAAGACGGAGCUGAUCGUCGACCGAGACAACGAGCUCAAGAGCUUCCAGGUCCUACAUGCUAACGGCUGCGCCCCGCGCCUCUACUGCACCUUCCAGAAUGGCCUCUGCUACGAGUUCAUGCAGGGGGACGCCCUCGGAACACAGGACGUCAGGGACCCUAUCUUACUCAGGCUAAUAUCCAGGGAGAUGGCUCGUAUCCAUGCGAUCCACGCACAUAACGGCUGCAUCCCCAAACCCAACCUGUGGAUCAAGAUGAGGAAAUAUUUCUCUCUGGUCGCCACCGAGUUCACCGAGCAAGCCUCCAACGCCAGGAUCCAGCAGGAGGUGCCCAGCCAGGCGGUGUUGGAGCAAGAGAUGGUGUGGAUGAAGGAACACUUGUCUCAGCUGGGCUCUCCUGUGGUGCUCUGUCACAACGACCUGCUCUGCAAGAACAUCAUCCACAACAGCAAAGAGGGCCAUGUCCGGUUCAUAGACUAUGAAUACUCUAGUUACAACUUUCAGGCCUUUGACAUCGGGAACCACUUCAACGAGUUUGCUGGUAUGAGUGAGCUGGACUAUGGGCUGUAUCCUAGCCGUGAGAUGCAGCUGGAGUGGCUGCGUGUGUAUCUGCAGGCGUACAAACUGUCCACUAAGAAAGGAGAGGAGGUCAGCGACAGAGAGCUGGAGAGACUCUACGUACAGGUCAACAAGUUUGCUCUGGCAUCACACUUCUUCUGGGGCUUCUGGGCACUCAUCCAGGCCAAGUACUCCUCCAUUGAUUUUGACUUCCUGGGCUAUGCUGUGCUGCGCUUCAACCAAUACUUCAAGACCAAACCUGCAGUGAUGGCCCUACAGAUCCCAGAAUGAGAAGAGAAGAAGAGAGGGACCCCAUCACUGGCACUGACCAGUGGAGCAGACACACUUUGAGCAGGAGAGGGCUGUGCUGGGGGAUGAGGGACAAGGGUUGGGGUUGAGCAUUAUUAAUGGGGUCGAGGGGUGGGGUAAAUAACAUUUAGAGGGCCGAGUGUGGAUGGACCACAACAUUUUUUCCUAACUCGGUCCCUGACAACAAGCGCAAAUACUAUUUAAUUCCUCUUCAACUCUGUCCACCUCUGUCUCACCAGUCAAGCUCAUCAAGAUUCCCCAAAACAGCCAGGGGUGGUCUGUGUGUAAAUGUAUCUUUAUUUAUUUAUUCUGUGAAGAAUUGAUUGACCUAGUGAUGUAAGAUUCAUUUCCCAGGCAGACGGGUAACUGAGUCUGGGAGCGUUUGGUGCCAACAUGGACAGUGUGCAGACAGAGUUCUGUUUAUAUGGGCUCUGAGUUUGCCCUGUGGUUGUGUUCAAGGCGUGUAGUGUAGGAGAGAGGGCAGCCAUCUUGUCCUUAAUGUAGGCACUGAUCUGAGAGGAUUUCUUCAGCAAUAUGGUCAUGGUUUCACCUUGAAAAUAGUGUAUUCAUUCAACUCAGAUCUACACAAAGUGGCUAGGGGUUGACGUAGAACUGAGAAGUUUUAGUUGCUUUGCAGUGAAGGUGGCAUUGCCGUGUAGGUUAGAGAGGGGCUAGCCAUGACAAGACAGUGAUAUGGUGGUUUAAUAAUGUCUGUGACAGCAGAGCUGCCUCUGUGGCCAGGAGCAGCUUUGCGUCACUGAUGCUAAACUUUAAACCAGGGCCCUGUUCUCCCUCAGCCUCUUUUCCACCACGUUAGCUUUUAUAGUUAUGGUGACUCGCUCUGUUAAACUUUGCACUCAGACUACUCUGAAAAUCACAACCUCAAUCACCCCUGCCUUCCCCAGUAUCUGACCCCUCUUCCUCCCCCUUUCUCUCACCUCCCUCUGCACUAUUACACUUCCUCCUCUCUCGACUCUCUUGAUUGGCUGAGGUGGUGGAGGGACUUUUGCCUGACGUGCACAUAUUCACUGUAACAUCCCAACCUCCAUCCAUUCAGUCAUAACUUCCCUAAAAAGGAGCCAGAAUCUUAUACAAUGGGAUAUUGCGUGAACUGUCAGAGCCAGUCAAUGCUUCAAAGGGUGUGGAAUCACUAACCCCCAAUGUUCUGAAGCUUAUCAGGAUGUGAGGUGGCCAAGGACAAGACAGCAGGGUGAAGUCCACACUGAGCCAGCAACCACUUCCUUCUCUGACUGACAUCAUGAUCUUUGGAGGAACUCGACACCUUUCUUUAUCCCGGUCCCCCCUCCCUUCCUCUCCAGCCCCCUCAGAUCAGAAGGUCAACAUGUAAGGGAAACUAGAGGAGAGCCAUGUUAGAGUAUUAGGAUAUCGUACAGCCUGUCCUGUGAUCCCUGCCCAUGACCACUGGGGGAGACGGAGAGCGCUGAUCCCUGCCCUGGCUGUCUCCUGUUACUGACAGGGUUAAUAAUUCACCAAUAUAGGAGGCUGCCAACUCUAUGAAGGUGUUGAAGAGAAGGACUGUUGUGAUGAGUCACUAGCCACGCUUGCCAGGCCUCUUAGUUCCCCUAGCAAACUCCAAAAUGUGUUGUCUGGCUACACGGUGAGACUGAUGAGCAGCCUCUUGGCUCUCAGGAGAGCUUGCCUUUUUGUCCCUUGUCACUAGCUGUACAGGCAGGGAGGGUAGAUGUCGUUUUCACCAGCUCUUGUCCUGGAGAGCUACAGUCUAGACACAUGAUUCAACUAAUCAUCAUUAUCCUGGUUCAUUGAAUCAUGUGUGUUAGUGCUGGAAUGACCCUGCACACCCUGUAACUGUCCAGGACCAGGGUUUUUGACUACUGGAGUAGUGUUAAGCAGAGCAUCUGCAACAUAGCAGUAGAUUGAUGCAACAAAUGGAAAUGACUCAUACUUGAUGUAGGAUUGUGUCCAUUCUAUACAGUACAUUUCUAUCUGCAACAUUCCAAACCAUUUAUGUCAUUGAGUCAGCAUUUUUAAGUGAGUGGAAUUGGUUACGAGAAUCUUGUAGUGUUUCCUAAAUGGCUGGUCAAGGCCCUCUUGUAUCCAUUUUGAAAGGCCGUUAUGGACAGAGACAACACUUUGAAAGGCUUCAGGUGAGUCACAGCUCACCACCAACUGUUCUAUGUCGGCCCAGGGUUGAACUAAGAGGUGACCAAGUGCAAUGAAUUCCUGUUUAUCGUAGAUGUACAUGUGUGAAUGUGUUUCCUUUGAGUUGACCGUAACAUUUCAAUCAGACUCAAACUGUAUUCCUGUUAGGGUGCAUCUCAACCGUCUUAGUGGAUUCCUUUCCUUCAUCUACACUAAUAGGAAACAAUUGGAUGGAUGACAAAUGAAUCCACCAUAUUGCUUUCAUCCUGUUUUCAGAUGUGUGGUGCUUAAGGAGAGAAGAGGAAGACACUAGAUGUAGACUGACCAUAAGAGUAUGAGGGAGAUAAGGUGGUCGAAUGUCAAGAUGUUCUAUGCACCAAAGCACUCCUUGUGGUCUGUGGGUACGUUCAACUAAACUAGUCAGUCACUAGAUUGCCAAGCUACAACAAACAGAAGUGGCAACAUAGGUUAAAGGUUAAAAUGUGUGAUUAGAAAGCAACAGCCUACUUCCCUCCAUUCUAGCUUGGCCAGAUAGUGAUGACUGUAAAUGUCUGCUUCCUGAAUGCACAACCAAAAAUGACCCUGGGUUUCAUGGAAAUGCACCCCGCUUAUUGAAGUGGUAGACCAACUACGGGAGGCUAGGGCUGCUUUCCUAUUCUUAAACAUGACCCCCAUUCUGCCUAUGCCCUUGUUAACUCCCUUCAGGAAAUGUAAACGAUUAUGCUUAUUGCUACUACUAGCCUUUUGAUGGUAGAAACUCCCUCCAGCCUAACACCUAUCCAAUACUCUCAGAUCUUUGAGGGCAAGCCAGCAGGAGCAGAUGGAGUGGGUUCAAGAAUCGGAGUGCUCGUAGGUCUACUAGUAAAAGCUGGAAAGUAGUAUAGAGUUUUUAUACACUAUUACAGCUCAUGCCUUCACUGGACAAAUGUUGAAAGAGCUUUUGAAUGUGUCCUAGAAGACUUUGCAUUUGAAGUAAAGGAAGUAAGUUCCCCAUUUAGAAAAAAAGCCAAUAAUACACAUGUAGGAAGUUAAGCGUGCACUAAUGUGGGACUUGAUUUUAUUCUCCCAACAUAACCCUGUGGAUAUGUGCUGACUGGCAGGGUUACAUCCUGACGCUGGUAUUUGUAGGCUAGAGAUGUGUUGAAGGGGGUAUUUAUUGGGUGAAUCUCAUGUUUUUAUUUUACUUUUUCUAUAUACAUACCAAAAUGGUUAGCUUCAUAAGUCUUGCAGUUAAUUUGAAAUUAACUUGUGUGAAUGUACUAAAUUGACAACACACUACAGAAAACUAGAUUUUACUUUCUCCAUAUUUUCUUUUUUUGUACAUGGUUUUGACUGAUUUGAAUUUUAGGUGAGUGUAGGGAGUCAGCAGCAUUAAGGCCAGCAGAGACAGAGGUUGUAAAUACUAAGAAAUACUGUGAAUCUGACUGUACAGUGAUCCUCCACACUUCUGUGAGUGCUGGGGAGAGUAAUUUAACAUUGGUCAGUAAAUAUUUCCAUUAAAAAACAUGAACUAUU